AUGGCUACUGGUGGUGAUGCUGAGAGCUUGGUGCCCGAAGCCUUAAGAGUGCUAUCGUUGACGGACUUGAUUAAUCUUAUUAGGGCGACAACCAGUAAUAAAAACGAUAGCAUCUCGAGCAGCGAGUGGUUGGCGACGAUACCGAUAUUCGACGGGUCGUCUGAGCAAUGCAUCGAGGCGUGGUUUGAACGGGUUGAGACCGUCCGGGAUGCAUACGAGGUGCCUAAGAAAAAGAUGGCGGUGCUGAUAACAUCGAAGCUGUCGGGGCGGGCGAGGCGAUUAUAUGACAGCAAGGCAGAGUAUGCGACAUAUUCAUACGACGAGCUGAAGAGGGUGCUAACAGCGUUUUUCAAAAAUGGAGAAGACAGGAUGACUAGAAUGAAGCGCUUUGAGUCUCGGAGGUGGCGAAAACAGGAACCGUUUAGCGCAUACUUUCAGGAGAAGAUGGCGCUAGGGAAUAGGUUGGGUUUUAUGGAGUCCGAUCUACUGGCUUAUAUGAUAGACGGCUUCGACAACCCGCCACUCCAGGCUCAAGCCAAGAUGAGCCAAUUUAAGGAUUUAGCAACUCUGCUAGGUGUAAUGAAUGAGUUGACAGCGGAGGAACGCGGAUGCAAUAUGAUGCCGUCUACGAGGGUACAGCCAACAGUGUUUCCUAGAGUGGAAACACAAGGCACAUAUCCUACGGUGAGGUGUUUUAAUUGUGGCGGAGUGGGACAUAUGGCGUCCAGGUGCAUCAAACCGAAGAACGAUGGAGUGGCGUGCUACGACUGUGGCUCAAAGGAGCAUCAGCAGAGAUUCUGCAAAAAUGUCCGGAGUACGGCGCAGGUGGCACCUGACAGCACUACAUUUCGAGUUAACGAAAUAUUGGCGAUUGAUGGUGAGAUUACCACAGACGGAGCGAAUAUAAGUAUAUCAGAUGAAAAUGACUACGAAGUAGAAGACCUGGAGAGUGAAAAACCGGAGGAACCAGAGACUGCAUUCGAAAUGCAUGACUAUGGAGUGAUAGCGACAGCAGAAGAUCUGGUAGAAAAGGAAUAUCUGGAGAGUGAAAAACCGGAGGAACCAGAGACUGCAUUCGAAAUGCAUGACUAUGGAGUGAUAGCGACAGCAGAAGAUCUGGUAGAAAAGGAAUAUUUGGAGAGUGAAAAGCCGGAAGAAACAGAUACUGCAUUCGAAAUGCAUGGCUAUGGAGCGAUAGCGACGGCAGAAGAUUUGGAGACUGAAAAACGGGAGGAGCCAGAGACUGCAUUUGAAAUGCAUGGCUAUGGGGUGGUCGCGACAGUAGGAGAUCUGGUAAGAGAGGAAUAUUUGGAGACUGAAAAACGGGUGGUGCGCGAUUCUUACCCCAGCCCAAGAAUAGAUGAUUGCUUGGACUCACCGAAGUCUAAGAGGUAUUUUACGAAGCUAGAUCUGGAGAACGCUUUCUUUCAUGUGGUGGUGGCUGAGACUAGUAGAAAAUACACUAGCUUGGGGUGUGCACAGGGAGAAUAUGAAUACAACCGUAUGCCAUUUGGGUAUUGUAAUAGCCCGAAUGUAUCUAUGAGAUAUGUAAGUGACAUUUUUCGUUGUUUUGUGAUGAACUGUGAAGUUAUAGUGUACAUGAACGAUUUACUAAUGGCCACAGAAACAAUUGAGGAGAAUAUUGAAGUGUUGCGUAGGGUGUUAGAGAUGAUUCGUAGAAAUAAGCUAGAACUAAAAUUAAAUAAGUAUUUAGAUUACUGUUGUAUUAGAUCUCAUCAGUCGGGGACGCCUGUGAGGUCAGGAUUGGCCGAACUAUAA